GAUGCAACUCGUAACCGGUUACAACAGGAUGACACCGGAAACAUGUUGUUUGAUACAGGAAGAUCACAAACUACAUACCGCUUGACCAGUAUGUGUCACGAGAGUAAGAACCACCUGCAGUGAUCUCACUUGCUGAUGAUGGCUCGGCGCGACGGUACAUAUUUGGUCGUUGCGGCCAUUGAUUUUGGUACAACGUAUUCUGGUUACGCCUAUUCCUUCAGAGAUGACUUUGUGAAGGAUCCACUUAAAAUUCUCACCAACGCACAGUGGAUAGACGACGAAACUAACUUAGUUACUGUCAAAGCUCCAACAUCGAUCUUGUUUGACAAGAACAAGAAAUUCUCUUCAUUUGGAUUUAGUGCCGAAACGCAUUACAACAGACUCGUAGACGAUAAAGAAGACGAAGACUGGCGUUUCUUCAGACGAUUCAAAAUGAGUAUCGUGAGAUGAAAGAAGACAAUGAGGCGGCAGAGUUGGCACGUCACCGCAGACUGUUAGGUCAGAGUCUAAAACUAAAAGAAGCACACGGUAAUAGUAUGGCUGCAAUGGAUAUCUUUAGUGAUGCGAUACGUUAUCUCAAAGACCACUUCCUCACGACUCUGAAUAAUUCCGUUAAAGGCACGAGUGAGGAUGACGUUCACUGGAUUUUGACCAUGCCGGCGAUCUGGUCAGAUGCAGCGAAACAGUUCAUGCGAGAAGCUGCAGAACAGGCCGGUAUCCUCAAAUACCAGCUUACUUUGGCAUUGGAACCGGAAGCUGCAGCUAUCUACUGCAAGGAAAUCGCAGUAAAGACAUCAAAAGAGCAAGGAAGUUCUAAAGACUUAUCAGCGUUCACGCCAGGGGAGCAUUUUCUUCUUCUGGAUAUUGGAGGUGGUACAGUGGACAUCACCUGCCAUGAAGUCAUAAAUGACGGCACAUUGAAGGAAAAACAUCCACCUACUGGAGGGCCGUGGGGUGGAACCGUUGUGGACGAAGCUUACUUCUGCUUCUUACAAGAUUUAGUGGGGCAGGAGGCAUGGAAAGACUUCACUAAGAACAACCCAGCAGACAAACUUGAAAUUGAAAGAAUGUUUGAAAUGAAGAAGAGGAAUUUGAAAAAGAAUGAUGACACUAUUAUCAGAGUUGGAAUCAACUUCUUGCAAAGCUACAAUAAUGUAUGUAAAUGUACCCUUGCAAAGACUCUUUCUGAGAAGAAAACCAUAUAUUCUACUACAGUGGAAGUUAAGAAAGAAAAGUUAAAAAUUCAAAACAGUCAGAUGAUGGAAUUUUUUGAAGGCCCAAUGAAUGCAAUUGUUGAACAUCUCGAACGGCUUUUCGUGAUGAAAUCGUUGCCGCCUCAGAUAUGAAGCCAACCGGACCCAGAAAUAAUCCCUUAGGUGGUUAACUAGGUCAGAUAGAGGAUAGCGGGCAGCGGACAAUGGCAAUGGACACAUGACAACACUUAUACUUGUACAUUGAUUUCGCAAAUUAAAAUAUGCAUCAAUCACA